GGCACGAUUGCAUUGUGGGGAGAGAGGCCGGGACUCCACAGAGACGCACUUCUGGCACCACCAGCUGUUUCUCAGCCCCUGCUAGCAGCCCACCCAGGGCAAUGCCCCCCACAGCAGUCUUGUGCCUGUCACCACUGGCCUGGUGCAGCUGAAGUGAGGAGGUGUGCUUCCCUCUGCUGUUCCCCUUCUCAGCGGACCUUGUGAUGGCUCCCUGGUCUCCCUCCGGCUCCCACCUACUGCUCCUGCUGUCGCUGCUGUGCCCGCCGCUGCCCUUGAGUCAGGCCCAUCACUUCUCUGCACUCAACACUACCUUCAACCAUUUGGCACUGGCGCCUGGCCAGGGCACACUCUACGUGGGUGCAGUGAACCGCCUCUUCCAGCUCAGCCCCGAAUUACAGCUCGAGGCUAUGGCUGUCACCGGCCCUAUCUUCGACAGUCCCGACUGUGUGCCUUUCCGUGACCCAGCUGAGUGCCCACAGGCCCAGCUUACUGACAACGCCAACCAGCUGCUGCUCGUGAACAGCCGGGCCCAGGAGCUGGUGGCCUGCGGGCAAGUGCGGCAGGGUGUAUGCGAGAAGCGGCACCUUAACGACGUGUCCAAGCUGCUGUACCAGGCCGAGGACCCUGGUGAUGGGCAGUUUGUGGCUGCCAACGCUCCAGGAGUGGCCACCGUGGGCCUGGUGGUGCCUGCACCAGGCCAAGACCUCCUGCUGGUGGCCAGAGGCCUGGCGGGCAAGCUGUCAGGAGGGGUACCACCCCUGACUGUCCGCCAACUGGCUGGGCCACAGCCCUUCUCCAGCGAGGGCCUGGGCCGCCUCGUGGUGGGAGACUUCUCUGACUACAACAACAGCUACGUGGCGGCCUUCGCCAACACCCGCUUUGCCUACUUCGUCUUCCGCCGCCGUGGGGCCCGGGCACAGGCCGAGUACCGCUCCUACAUUGCCCGGGUCUGCCUGGGGGAUGCCAAUCUUUACUCUUAUGUCGAGGUGCCCCUCAACUGCCACGGCCAAGGCCUCAUCCAAGCUGCCUUCCUCGCCCCAGGCACCUUGCUGGGGGCAUUUGCUGCGGGCCCAAGGGGGGCACAGGCGGCCCUGUGCACCUUUCCCCUGGCAGAACUGGACGGGACCAUGGAGCAGGCCCGGCGCCUUUGCUACACAGCAGGUGGCCGGGGCCCCAGCGGCACAGAGGAAGCCACCGUGGAGUAUGGUGUCACUUCACGCUGCGUCACCCUGCCCCCUGACUCCCCUGAGUCGUACCCCUGUGGCGAUGAGCACACCCCCAGCCCCAUUGCUGGUCGCCAGCCCCUGGAGGCCUGGCCUCUGCUGCAAUUUUGGCAGCCCAUCAGCGCCAUCGCAGCCCUACAAGCAGAUGGGAACAUGGUAGCCUUCCUGGGGGACACCCAGGGCCAGCUGCAUAAGGUCUUUCUCAAUGGCUCCCAAAGCCGGGUGUACCACUCCCAGCAAGUGGGGCCUCCAGGCUCAGCCAUCAGCCCGGACCUGCUGGUAGACAGCAGCGGCAGCCACCUCUAUGUUCUGACUGCCCAGCAGGUGGACCAGGUACCCGUGGCAGCCUGCCCCCAGUUCCCUGACUGCACCAGCUGCCUCCAGGCCCAGGACCCGCUGUGUGGCUGGUGCAUCCUCCAGGGCAGGUGUACCCGCAAAGACCAGUGCAGGAUGGCAGCCCAGCCCAACCAGUGGCUUUGGAGCUAUGAGAAGGACAGCCGCUGCCUGCAUGUCCAGAGCUUGCUGCCGACCCACCACCCCCGCCAGGAGCAGGGCCAGGUCACCUUGUCUGUCCCCCGGCUGCCCACCCUGGCUGUGGAUGAAUAUUUCCAUUGCGCCUUUGGAGACUACGAUAGCUUGGCUCAUGUGGAAGGGCCCCACGUGGCCUGUGUCACCCCUCCCGAAGACCAGCUGCCCCUUAACCCUCCAGGCACAGACCACAUCACAUUGUCCCUGGCCCUGAUGUUUGAGGAUGUGGCUGUAGCUGCCACCAACUUCUCCUUCUACGACUGCAAUGCUGUCCAGACCUUGGAGGUGGCUGCCCCGUGCCGUGCUUGUGUGGGAAGCCUCUGGCGAUGCCACUGGUGCCCCCAGAGCAGCCGCUGUGUGUACGGAGAGCACUGCCCAGAGGGCGAGAGGACCAUCUAUAGCACCCAGGAGGUGGGCAUCCAGGUGAAUGGCCCAGGGUUUUGUCCUCAGGUUGAGGGCCUGGCAGGUCCCCACCUGGUGCCUGUGGGCUGGGAGAGCCAUUUGGCCCUGCGAGUUCGGAACCUCCAGCAUUUCCAAGGCCUGCCAGCCUCCUACCACUGUUGGCUGGAGCUGCCCGGAGAACUGCAGAGGCUGCCAGCCUCCCUGGAAGAGAUGGCCGGGGGUGCGGGCCUCAUCUACUGCCAGGCUCAGCAGUUCCACCCCUCCAUGGCCCAGAUGGAACUCCCAGUGCCCAUCUACGUCACCCGGGGUGAGGGCCAGCGGCUGGACAAUGCCCGUACUCUUCAUGUGACCCUGUACGACUGUGCCGUGGGCCACCCUGACUGUAGCCACUGCCAGGCAGCCAACAGGAGCCUGGGCUGCCUGUGGUGCAGCCAUGGCCAGCCUGCCUGUCUCUACGGGCCACUGUGCCCACCUGAGGCUGUGGAGCUAUUGUGUCCAACGCCCAGCAUUGACACCAUUGAGCCCCUGACUGGUCCCCCUGAGGGUGGCUUGGCCCUCACCAUUCUGGGCUCCAACCUGGGCCGGGACUUUGCCGACGUGCAGGAUGCUGUGAGCGUGGCUGGCCAGCCGUGCAGCCCUGACCCCUCUCUCUACCGCACCUCUGCCCGGAUUGUGUGUGUGACAUCUCCUGCCCCCAAUGGCACCACAGGGCCAAUCCAAGUGGCCAUUAACAGUCGACCACCAGGCAUCUCAACCCAGCACUUCACCUACCAGGACCCUAUCCUGCUGAGCCUGAGCCCCCAGUGGGGUCCCCAGGCAGGGGGCACCCAGCUCACCAUCCAUGGGCGGCACCUCCAGACAGGAGGCAAUAUUAGUGCCUUCGUGGGCAGCCAGUCCUGUCCUAUCCAGGAGCCAGUGUGUCCCGAGGCCAUUGUGUGCCACACCAUGCCCCAGGCCAGCCCAGGAGAAGCUGUGGUUCGUGUGGUCUUUGGCCAUGCCCAGCGCACACUCCUGGCCAGCCCUUUCCGCUACACUGCCAACCCCCAGCUCCUGGCAGCAGAGCCCAGCGUCAGCUUCCGAGGGGGUGGGCGGCUUAUCCGAGUCAGGGGCAAGGAUCUGGAUGUGGUGCGGUGGCCCCUACUGUCCGUGUGGCUGGAGGCCACGGCCGAGGUGCAGGCUGCAGGGUCCCAUCCCCAGGACCUAAGGAGGAGCUGUGGGGCCCAUGCUGUAGCUCCCCAGGCUUGUGUCUGGCUUGAGGGAGGCUUGCUGCAGUGCUCCACCAUCUGCUCCAUCAAUUCCUCCAGCCUCCUCCUGUGCCAGAGUCCCACCGUGCCAGAUGGGACACACCCCCAGCGGGUCUUCUUCACCCUUGACAAUGUGCACGUGGACUUUGCCAAUGCCAGUGGGGGACAGGACUUCCUGUACCAGCCCAAUCCCCGGCUGGCCCCCCUCAGUCACAAGGGACCUGCCCGCCUCAAGCCGGGCAAUGUCCUGGAUGUGGAGGGUGAGGGCCUCAACCUGGGGAUCAGCAAGGAGGAGGUGCGUGUGCACAUUGGCGACAGCGAGUGCCUGGUGAAGACACUCACACUCACCCACCUGUACUGUGACCCACCCCCGUGGGUCCCACAGCCUGCCAAUGGCUCCAGCACACUGCCACAGUUUGUGGUGCAGAUGGGCAACCUGCGCCUGACUCUGGGCCCCGUCCAAUAUGAGGCUGAGCCCGUGCCAUCAGCAUUCCCCAUGAAGGCACAGAUAGGCCUGGGCAUGGGAGCUGCUGUGCUGAUCGCCGCUGUGCUCCUCCUCACUCUCAUGUACAGGCACAAGAGCAAGCAGGCCCUACGCGACUAUCAGAAGGUUCUGGUGCAGCUGGAGAACUUGGAGAUUGGCGUGGGUGACCAGUGCCGCAAGGAGUUUACAGACCUGAUGACCGAGAUGACUGACCUCAGCAGCGACCUGGAAGCCAGCGGGAUCCCCUUCCUGGACUACCGCACGUACACUGAGCGCGUCUUCUUCCCAGGGCAGGGUGGCUGCCCGCUGCAGCCCGUGUUCGAAGGGCCUGGGGAAGAAGGCCACCGUGCCCCUGUGCACCAGGGCCUCACACAGCUCUCCAAUCUGCUCAAUAGCAAGCUUUUUCUCCUCACACUCAUCCACACGUUGGAGGAGCAGCCCAGUUUCUCCCAGCGGGACCGCUGUCACGUGGCUUCACUGCUGUCCCUGGCACUGCACAGCAAGCUUGAGUACCUGACUGACAUCAUGAGGACGCUGCUUGGUGACUUGGCUGCCCAUUAUGUGCACAAGAAUCCCAAGCUCAUGCUUCGAAGAACAGAGACCAUGGUGGAGAAGCUGCUCACUAACUGGCUGUCCAUCUGUCUCUACACCUUCCUGAGGGAGGUGGCUGGUGAACCCCUGUAUAUGCUCCUCCGGGCCAUCCAAUACCAGGUGGAUAAAGGUCCUGUGGAUGCUGUAACAGGCAAGGCAAAAAGGACUCUGAAUGACAGUCGCCUGCUUCGGGAGGAUGUGGAGUUCCAGCCCCUAACACUGAUGGUGCUGGUGGGCCCUGGGGCUGGUGGGGCAGCAGGGAGCAGUGCAGCGCAGCGUGUGCCUGCCCGCGUGCUCGACACAGACACCAUCACCCAGGUCAAGGAGAAGGUGCUGGACCAAGUCUACAAGGGUACCCCCUUCUCCCAGAGGCCCUCUGUGCACACCCUAGACCUUGAAUGGCGCUCGGGCCUGGCUGGUCACCUAACCCUGUCAGAUGAGGACCUGACCUCGGUGAUUCAGAAUCAUUGGAAGAGACUCAACACCCUGCAGCACUAUAAGGUCCCAGAUGGGGCCACAGUGGGACUUAUCCCCCAGAUGCACAACAGAGGCGCCGUCUGCCAGAGCCUGGCCCAGAGCUGCCCCUCCGGGGAGAACAUCCCCAUGCUGGAGGAUGGCGAGGAGGGUGGGGUCCACCUCUGGCACCUGGUGAAAGGCACUGAGGAGCCAGAAGGGGCCAAGGUACGGCGCAGCAGCCUGCGGGAACGGGAGCGGGAGCGGGCACGGGCCAAGGCCAUCCCGGAAAUCUACCUCACCCGCCUACUCUCCAUGAAGGGUACGCUGCAGAAGUUUGUGGAUGACACCUUCCAGGCCAUCCUCAGCGUGAACCGGCCUGUGCCCAUUGCUGUCAAGUACCUGUUUGACUUCCUGGAUGAGCUAGCAGAGAAGCAUGGCAUCGAGGACCCAGAGACCUUGCACAUAUGGAAGACUAACAGCCUGCUGUUGCGGUUCUGGGUGAACACGCUGAAGAACCCACAGCUCAUCUUUGAUGUACGGGUAUCAGACAACGUGGACGCCAUCCUUGCCGUCAUUGCCCAGACCUUCAUCGACUCCUGCACUGUCUCAGAGCAUAAAGUGGGCCGGGAUUCCCCAGUGAACAAACUGCUUUAUGCCCGGGAGAUCCCUCGCUACAAGCAGAUGGUGGAGAGAUACUACUCUGACAUUCGCCAGAGCUCUCCAGCAAGCUACCAGGAAAUGAAUUCAGCUCUAGCCGAGCUCUCAGGGAAUUACACCUCUGCUCCCCACUGUCUGGAAGCUCUGCAAGAACUCUACAAACACAUCCACAGGUAUUAUGACCAGAUCAUCAAUGCCCUGGAGGAGGACCCUGUCGGCCAGAAGAUGCAGCUGGCCUGCCGCCUGCAGCAGAUUGCCGCUCUGGUGGAGAACAAGGUGACCGACCUAUGAACUCAGUCUGCAGUGGGAACCUGAGGCCCGCCAGUUUGGAGAGCAAUGAGCAGGACCCACCGCCACAGUGCCUUAUGACCCCUGGAUCCAGCCAGCAACAGAAGAGAGGGGCUGGCAGAGUAGGGGGGAACUCCCUGCAACCCCCUCCCCGUCCUGCCCUUCCUCCCCGCCCCCGGCUUUUUUCUAAUUUAUAGCAAUCCUUCCCUCUCCCCCUCAUUAUAUUUAUUUGCUUACUGAAGAA